UCCUUUAAAAGCAGAAGAAACUAGGUCAAAUGCCUGGGCUUUUUUUUCAAUUAAUAUAUCUACUGAGGAGUGGCAGAUGGGCUUCAAUACUCAAGUUUCUCUCUCUCCUUGCUCUGAGGAUAAAUGUGUAAGUGAACAAAGAUCUCAAAAAGUGAGGAAACCUGAACAGACUCACACAAACAGUUCAGCAGAGCUAAACUGCUAUCAGUCAAAUGAGGAAUUGGUAAAGGAAAACUAUCAUGAAACAGAAACUGAGGAAGUUGGCAAUGUAAUAAGCAAUGGUGUGUCCGCAUCUCCAACUGGUGAAGUGCACUUUGAUUCCCUAGUGGAAGCCAGGGCUGCCUUCAUGCAGGGUUCGAGUGAAGCAGAUAUGCCAAUAAAUUAUGCUACACCAAUUACACUGAAGAGGAAGAGAUACAGGAGAAUUGUCAACUUAGCACCAAAGUUUAACCUACCAAGACAGAUCUUUGCUCAUACAGAGGAAGGGGAGGACAUCCUGAUAAGAGAAGAUGUUCCCCAAAAUAAUGUUUUAGAAGUGAGGCAAAAAUACUUUCUAAGCAAGAACUGUGAAGAAGCACAUGAACAGGACCAUGCAUUGCAGGAAUAUUCCUCACCCACUCCGGAUGCAGAAUCCUUGUUGCCAGAUGAUUAUAUAGUUCCCCUUGACUGGAAAGUUUCAAAGAUGAUCUAUUUACUGUGGAAGACCUCUGUGGAGGAAAAACAGAAAACAAACGGAUUGCAGAAGGAAGAUGGCUUGACUAAUGAUUUUAUUAAUCUUGAAGAUAUAAAUAAAAAUCACCAAGAGAAUCAAGACUCUUCUGAAACACUAUCAGACAUGGAGCUAUGUCAAGAUGUGAUAGAGAAGAACAUCAUAACCUGCACUGGCUGUCUGGAUGCUGCAUUUCAUCAGUCAUGAGUGACUGUCUUAAAUUCUGCAUGAAAAAACAGAAACUUCUCGCUUUAAUUCCACUAUGGAAGGACUUCAGUUGGCCAUCAAGGAUUUUAAAUGUGAGGGAUAACCUGGAAGAAAGAAACCACUGUAGAUUUUUUGGUGUACAUCUUUGGCCACCUCCCCCCAACACUGCCCCCUGAUAUCAACCUCUCUGACCACGUAAUAAUGAUCAAAAUUGAGAUAAUUUUGUGUAUGGCAAAAGGUCAUUUUCUGAAGCCAUUUGGGAUUUACACUUUGUCAGUACAUCCUCAAGUGUGGUAUAAAGAGAUUGAGAGUGGAGACUAGAGGCAUCUGUCACGGGGUGUGAGCUUCAGGCUGUAGUAUUUCAUUAACUUGUAUCAGGAUCCAGGAUAUCACCACAGAAGCAGGCAGUGAUGCUCACCUGCAGGGAAUGGUAUUUGUUAUGCAUCUUAGCUGCCUCCUUCUGCCUUCACCCUCAGUCAUAAUUGCACCCAGUCCCUUUACAACCUCAGAUGGUAAAAAUCUUCAUCUGUCUUUCCUAUUCACUCAUCCAGAGGUGCACAACUUGCCUUCUUUUCACCUGAAACCAGGCUUUAGGCUUCUCCUCAGCUAGACUCAUUGGGGAAUUUGGGACUACAGAAAAAAGAACAUUUCACUACAGAACUGAUUCAAACAUGCUGGAGGAAGGGUGUGUGUGGUUUGUGGUAGACUGAGAAGAAGUAUAACUAGCACUGGUAAGCAGUGAUUUGAUGUUUCUGUUAGUGGUGUUGGAAAUAUUUAUGUAUGUAGAGAUAAACAAAUCAUAAUUAAUUAUAAAGAGCAACCUCUGUCAAUUAUGAGGCAUGCAUAAGGUUGGACACUUCCUUGUAGGGAGAGGGAGUGACAGCUGUCACCUCAUUUAACAAUAAAAGUGUGUGAAAAGAUUAAGGAAAAGCAGGAAACUUGGUUGCGUCUACUUGUCAGAGGUAGUAUUUCCCACUUGAGCAGCUUGCAGAUCCUGAAUAUUUCUCCAUUCAUUCUUUCAUAUCCUGUUCCUCACCUUUCCCUGUAUGUGCUUAUACAUCAGCUGAAGAUCCAGAAUUUGACUGAACUUGUGCUGAAGCUCCACCAUGGUCAAAUUUGCCAAUGUGUCUCCACUUUCUACUUAAAUACUGCAUCUGUAUGAAAACAGUUAACAAUGUAUGUAUUUCUAAAUUAAUGUUGUACUGGAGAAAUUGUCUGGCUGCAUUGUUUGAAUGCAUCUCCCAUGUACAUGUGUGUGUCUUCCUUGGCUGGAAAUGUCCUGUUCUACCAGCAGAACAUUAUAUAAACUGUAAAGGGGAGGACGAAGGGAGCUCAUACCCGCCAUAACCACAGCUUCAGCCUUCUGUGUUGUACUAGUGGCACCAGACAAGUUAGUUUGAUUUCAGAAAAAUGUCACUCAAGGAUUAAUACUGUCUUCGUACUUCUAUUUAUUGAGCGAGAAAUCUGAAUGCCUCUAUUUUCUGUUACUGAAUCCUGGCCUUCCUCAAGAAUGCUUGAAAUAAAAAAUAGUUUUCAAAAUCUCA